AUGUCAACACACCCCACACAAGAAGCAAUGGACAGACACGACCCCCUCCCGCUCAUACCAAACGCCUGCCACCAAGCCAUCAACAUCCUCGAGAUCCUCGAACGCAUCCUCUUCCUCGUCCCACCAGCUCAGCUCCUGUCCCUCCGUUUCGUCUCGCAUCACUGGGACCGAGCCACCUACCGCCCACUAUGGCAGUACCCCGAUUUCACUAAGCGUGGGAUGGUUAAGAUCACACCUCGACUAGUUGAGCACGGACAUAUUGUUCAGGAGCUGGACUUCUACAAGGCUUCGUUGUUCAGUGAGAACCCCCUCGAGGAUGUCGAGACAUUGAAGAGGUGGUGUCCAAACGUCCGGUCGUUAAGGAUGCGGUAUGGGUGUCUGACUUUUGCGGGCGUGCAGCAUUUGAUCCAGUUUUAUGGAUCGAAGGCUGCUGGACCGUGGACGGCCAAACCGGGGGAGGGAGGUCAAUUGCAUAGUCUGAGUCUAGAUAUGUCCAAAACUGAGUAUCAGCCUUCGGGGAUGGAGUGGUUGACGGAUUUGGGGAAGGGGCUGAAGCGGUUGGAGUUGAGGAUUAAUCGGAAGCGGGGGGGGAGCACUCGUCAACGGACGUCGUUCUUGCAGUUUGAGCCUUUACUCGAGGCUUGUCAGGGGCUCCGGGAGUUGGAUAUCAUCCCGACCCCACAUUUCUUGCCGUCGUCGGAUGAGAAGUUUCGUUUGCUGACACAGGGACAACAGCAGAAUAAUUUCCAAACCCUCCAUGCCCAGUUGAUUGAUACGAUUCAUGGAGCUGCUCCCAAGUUCAGGACAUCGGAUAGUUUGAAGUACUUUGAGAUGUACAAGCCUCCGCUGAGACGAUUGCAUUUGGCGAGAGUCUGGUUCUCGGAUAUGGAUUUGGAGGUGCUGGCGAGGGCUUGUCCAGAGAUUGACGAUUUGAGGUUGACGAAUAUGAGGAUGGACCUGAAUGUGGAUGAGUGGAACGUCCAGUCGGUUGAUACGCCUUUGGAGUGGGAAGACCGUGCCAAGGACGAGCUGUCGAUCGAGGUAGUUUUGAAGUGUUGGCCCGGGAUGCGGACCUUGAGGUUGGACGGGAACGUGGUCAGGAUGUUCUCUGCUGCGACUAGGCGUACUAGCUCUGCCACCUUUGUUGUCCCAACAUCAUCGUCGUCGACUUCUCAGACAGGAUCCGAGGCUAAGGCAACAGCAGAAGCUGAAAGAGCGACAAUAGCCAAGGCGGACUCGGAUAUGACAGCAUCGGCAGCCAAGGUUACCCCUGCCAGUGCAGGCCUUCUCCCCAAGGGCUCCUACAAGCUCGCCUCCCUGUGCCUCUACCAGACAUCGUUACUCGAGGGCGACUUGGUGACACUGGUGGAUCUGAUGGAGCCUACACUGACGUACUUGAACGUCGAUGGGAAUCCGAAACUGACCGACCAGUCUAUUCGCCAUGUCUUGAUGACCUGCUCCAACCUUCGGGACUUUUCGGCCUCAGAACUCAACCUGACGAUGGGUGUCUUUGAGGACUAUGACCCUCAUACGAUGGAGAUGCAGCGGGUCAGUGAAAAGAUCCAGGCGUUCAACUUGGAAGGCGAGUCUUCCGAGGCGGCACCGGUGCCUUUGACAAAAGAAGGUGCUGUCGAGCCUGUCACCAAGAGACCGUGGGCGUGUAUUAAAACGCUUCGUUCGCUAGACUUUUCUUGGAGGGUUAUAGAUGGUCGACCUGCGUAUGUGGAUAGCACUCAUUCGUCCACCGUCAUCGUUAACGAAAAUCGUCUCCCGCCUUAUCGUCACCAUACACACCUCCACCGGCAGCAACAACAACCUUACAACGCACAAGGAUCAUCAGCGUCAGUAGAGGCGGCAGAGUCGACGUCUGUCGGCAUGUUCCGUACCCCCUGGCACAUUGAAUCUCUCUACGAGCGUCUCCGCGCACUGGAGCGUCUUGAAGUCCUGCAACUCGAAGGGUGGGCGAUCCCCUGGCGUGCCGCUGACAUUGAAGCCUUCCUGGGUCACAGCCCCGAACCCGAGUUGGUCUCCAAGGAGAACCAGUUUCAGGAGGACAAGAUUAGCUACCUGCCCUGGGAGCGGUACAAGGGUAUGGGACGUUGGAAGGAAGCUGUCAGUUUGGAGGAGUAUGUUGAUGCGGAUUUUGCGUAUGUUACCUCGCAGAGUAUGAUUGUGAAGGAGAAGUUGAGGUUCAAGGGGCCAAGCAAGGAUGGGUCUUCGUGGAUGGCUUCGCCGGGCGUGGGUGGACUUCGAGUUGAGAAGGGAGACAUUCUGCCGUAUCCGAGGUCCAGGAUGGGUCGAUUGAAGUUGCUAAACAUCAUGUGCAAGCGGCCUGUCUUUCUGAAGAACCCGAUUGGUGAGGCUUCACCGUUUGUCCUGUACCCGACACUUCCCCCUUCAAGAGCGAACAAGAGUAGGACUGGUAGGGCAGGUGAGGAGUCUGAAGUCGAGGAGUCUUCAAGCGCCUUUACACCAAGCGCAGUCUUGACUCCAGUAUUACCAGUCUGUACCGUCACCGAAGGCGCGGCGCCACCCCCACCUCCACCUCCCCCACCACGUAGCGGAUUCGUGCCCCGUCACACACCUGGCACUGCCGCCAACAACUCAUCCGCCACCACCACCGGUGCCCUUCCUACAUCAACUUUAUCAGCACCAUCCUCACGCCCCAUACCAAUCUCGCCUCCACCACGCAAAGACCCCAGUUCCACCAAGAUCCUAGCCCACGGUGUCGUGGCAUCAUUCAUGAAGGCAUGUCCACAACUCGAACGCGUCCUAAUCGCCACCGAGAUGUCCACCCCGACCAACUUCCCUCUCACAGAUUUCACAGUCCAGCUUGGGUGUUCAGAAGAGUCAGAGGCGAUGGUGGUGGGAAUUGAUGAAGGAUCGAAGGGGAAGGUGGCGAUUUUGAAUGACCCUGCGGUAGUUACUUUGCGUGUAUCGCCUCGGCGUGUUCUUUGUACGAGGAGGGUUUACCCCGAGCUCACGUCCCUUCGUCGAUACUAG